AUGGUUCUCACAGUUUGUCUCUUUCUUGCUACACUUGCACUUGGGGCAUAUCUAUACACAUUAGAAGUCCGUGCCGACUUUUGGGAGGCAUUGUGCGGUGUGCUCUCAUUCGUAUCAUUGACAGCAACUUUCAAUGACGAUUUCGAGAGUAAAGCAAAGAACUCGAUUAUGGAGAUACUGUUCUGGAUGUCGUUGCUUCUAAUUCUCCAAUCGUCACUCGCUGCUUGUUUGACGUCUAUGGUUCGUGUGUACAGAACGUGGCUGACAAUGAACGAUGUGGUGGCAACACCGGCUGAGCUACGUGCUUACCUUGAGAAGGAAAGAAUCCAGAAGCGUAAUCAACUCAUCUACCAUGCUAAAGCCGAGUGA